UCGUCUGCUCACCUGUCUGUCUGCUCACCUGUCUGUCUGCUCACCUGUCUGCCUGCUCGUCGUCUGCUCACCUGUCUGUCCGCUCACCUGUCUGUCCGCUCACCUGGUCAUUGUGUUUUGUUCGUACCCACCUACGUCUCCACACUCUAGAGUGAUGUGAUGUUGUGUGUGAUCAGUGUUGCAUCAUGGGAUUUAACUCUAUAACUACAUGUUAUUAUUAAAACAUUUUUCACUGGACACUGAACUGGUCCAAAGGAAAGAGAGUCUUCAUCAGGACAGGACAAACCGCGUGGUGUAAAGACACAAAUAAAACGGGAGACAAGCUUCAUAUUAAAAUAUUGAUUGUAAAGUAGGCGGUAAAAAAACACGGUACAUUUACUUUCAUCAUUGGGGCGUCGGUCAUUGAAGUAAGCCAGGAGAAAAGACCAACACAGUUUAUCCCACGCAAGGUUUUAAUGUCGUGACAUGGUGACGUUUUGCAGCGCCGGCGAAAGUCUGACACAAUUUCUAACCAGUAUGGCUUAUGUUAAGCUUAUGUCUAGCAUGCAUCACAUUAAGUCAGCGCUGCCCUCCUGAAUAUCAGAGAACAUCCAAAUCGAGAGACAGGGGAUGUGGAAACUGUGGGCGGAGUAGAGGAAACAUGACAGCCCGCAAACUGUAGCACGACAUGAUGUACAUUAAGACCAAGUAUUUCAUUAUAUCAUCACCUGCUUGCUCUGAUUGGUCACAGGGCCAGUCACAUGAGUGGGUCGGCUAAAUAACAGAAUGCAUUCUGGGAGUAAAGUUAAUCUGUUCUAUAGAGCGAGUUAACACAUCGACAGAUGGUGUGUGUGUUUAAUCUGUGUUAGCCUGUUUUGACCUGUCAAUCACUCAACGCACACACACACACACACACACACACAGACACACACACACUGGAUUAAAGUAAAUCUGCCUCAUUUGAACUUUAACAAAGCCGCACAUAAACACACAGAACAUAAAUCCUCCCUGUUAUCAGAUUAGAGUUGCACCACGAUGCCGACCGUGCACAUUACACACAGCAGCGCAGGACUAAUAAUGUGAAUGACAUAUUGAUUUAUUAAUAACAGGACUAAUUAAAAAACAACCCACCCAACAAGUUGAAAGGUCACUCUGGUUCUUCCUGUUGAAGCUGCACUUCAGAAUAAAAGCUCCAGACGAGCCUUCCUAUCAGAUCAAUAUGAGCCGUAAGACGAACAUUACAUAAGUCACAUGACAUUAAACACGUGGUUAACGUGAAACAGUCGCAGUUUGGUGAGGUUUAGGAAAACGUCAUGGUUUGGGUUAAAGUAAGUACGGAAGUCACUCAAACUCAAAACAACAUUUCAUUCAACACACUCCCGAGUGAAAGUCCGGGUUUGACCCAUCCAACCACCCGGUCCUAAUACUGUUGUACGGCCACUAGAGGGCGUUAAUUUAGGUUGUAACAACGUGCUGGCCAAACGACCCCUAUGGGUGUUUUUCUACUGAGGACAGUGUCGUCACAAAGCUUCAAACCGGUUCAGCUGUUCUCAGGACAGUUCUAAUAAAGGAUCAAUAGAUCCUGCAGGAUGCAACAGUGAUCAAAAUAAUAAGUAGUAGACAAUAUCUGAUUACUGAUUAUUACCCAGGAGAUGUAACGGUGGCUGAAUCCACACAGCUCUGCCCAAAGAUGGACACAAACACCAGAACAUUUAUCUUCCCAGACAUGAGAAUCUCAUCUCACCUUCUGCCAACAAUCUGAAAUCAAAGUGCAACUCUGGGUUUUAAACGAGGGAGCGUCCGGCAGGUUGUGGAUUUGGUCACAGAAACAUUAGAGUCCAGUAAAGGUCUCUGCAGAACAGUUUUCACACCCUCUGAUUGGCUGGCCGGGUUUCGUGGCUCUGAACUGGUGGUGUGAUGGCGGCAGCAGACUCCAAAAGUAUUUGGGUAUCUCCGCAGGUGGGGUUAGGGAGCAGAGGGGCUGGAACACUAUAUAUUUAGAGUAUACAACGAGGGACAGGUGUGCUGGCCGGUCCUGCUCAGGGUGUUUGGGGUUAUCUGAACAACCCGGUGGAGGAUCGGCAUAGUGUGCUGCCAUUGAUCUAACAGCUGCCUGAGGAAGCAAACAUGUUGAGCUUCAGGAGAAAGAUGAUGAGGUUCAAGAGGAGGACUAGUCACAGAUCAGGGUUUGUGAGGAGGUUUAGGAUGAACAGCUGUGGAGGGCUUCAGACUUCAGACACCUUUGCUGCCUAUACGUAUUAGACGGUCUCAUUUAUGUUUGGAGUCUACUACAGGCCUGGGGUUCUGGGUGAAAGCUUCUGGUGUUUAGUGUUCUGCAGAGAACUCAGUCCUGUAGAGAACAGGAAGCUGAGAUUCACUAAAGACAGUUACUCUUCUUCUCUGACAGCGGCUGGUGACUCUAACUCAGCAGCAUCUGAUAGACCCUCUGCCUCAUCAGAUGGAGUGACUGACACCACUACUACUACUGAUAGUAUUAUAACUACUGACACUAUUCCUACUGUGACAACUGACAGUACUCUCCCUACUGACAGUACUAUCCCUACUGACAGUACUCUCCCUACUGACAGUACUCUCCCUACUGACAGUACUCUCCCUACUGACAGUACUCUCCCUACUGACAGUACUAUCCCUACUGACAGUACUCUCCCUACUGACAGUACUCUCCCUACUGACAGUACUAUCCCUACUGACAGUACUCUCCCUACUGACAGUACUCUCCCUACUGACAGUACUAUCCCUACUGACAGUACUCUCCCUACUGUUGGACCUACUACUUCCAUUACUGACCCUGCUACUCCUACAGACAGUGCUACAAUUUUUUUGUACACGCUGACUUAUGAUGCAGCUUCUACAAGAACAAAUCCUUUUACUGUCACAGAUACAGCAAAUACUUAUACUACCACUGACACGUGGAGUAUGACUGCUGCAGAAACGAGUACUAGUAGUGAUAUUACCACUGUCAGUACCACCCCGACUGAUACUAGCUCUACAAUGUACUUUAUUAGUACUAGUGAUACUGGUGACUUUCCUAACGCUGGUGUAGACUCUACUACUACAACAGUUACUACUGUCAGUACUACAGGUUCUGAUGCAUUUCCAGACCUUAGCAGUACAGCAGAACCUACAGUGGACACAGCUACAUCCAGUAGUCCAGCUCUGGAGACAGGGGGCAGUUUCUACAAACCAGCUCCCACAGUACCAGACACAACCACUCCCAGUACCACAAUUAGCAUCUCCAGUCCCACCAUUUACACCAGCACCGACAGCCCCACUGUCCCAGGCCGCAGCACUGACUCUGAGGUGUCUAUUUCUGACCCAGUGACUCCGCCCUCUGACUCCACCUCCUCACCAGAAAAUACAGACCCUGCCCCCUCUGGGACUGGCACUACCAACCUGAUCACAAGUACUACCCUCUCUGCUGGUGGUACUAGAACAUCAACUGGAGCAUCAACAACAACCAUCCCAGAUUUAUCCUCAGCCAGUGAUGGGGCUCCAUCUGGAGAUACUCCACCCACUGAAUCAGCCCCAACCAAUCAGGCUGGAGAUGCUUCACCCACAGUAGGAGCUGACACAACUUCUGAUGCUCCUCCAGACACUCGGAUAAAUGUACCACCUCCUGAUGUACCCGUCCCUGAUGAAGCGGCUCCAGAUAUACCUCCUUCUGAUGUACCUCCUCCAGAUGUUUCUCUUCUUGAUGUACCUUCCCCUGAUGUACCUCCUCCAGAUGCUCCUCUUCCUGAUGUACCUUCUCCUGAUGAAGUGGCUCCUGAUGUACCUCCUCCAGAUGUUUCUCUUCUUGAUGUACCUCCUCCAGAUGUUUCUCUUCUUGAUGUACCUUCUCCUGAUGUACCUCCUCCAGAUGCUCCUCUUCCUGAUGUACCUUCUCCUGAUGAAGUGGCUCCUGAUGUACCUCCUCCAGAUGUUUCUCUUCUUGAUGUACCUCCUCCAGAUGCUCCUCUUCCUGAUGUAGCUUCUCCUGAAGCAGCGCCUGAUGUACCUCCUUCAGAUGUUCCUCUUCCUAAUGAAGCAGCUCCAGAUUUACCUCCCUCUGAUGUACCUCCUCCAGAUGCUCCUCUUCCUGAUGUACCUUCUCCUGAUGAAGUGGCUCCUGAUGUACCUCUUCCAGAUGUUUCUCUUCUUGAUGUACCUUCUCCUGAUGUACCUCCUCCAGAUGCUCCUCUUCCUGAUGUACCACUUCCUGAUGUACCUCCUCCUGAUGUUCCUCCAGAGGCGCCCUCCUCUAGGACUCCAGACCCUCUGAUAGAUGUACCUUCACCUGAAAAACGUCCUCUGGAUAUACCUCCUCCAGAUGUACCUUCUCCUGAUGGAGCACCUCCUGAAGUACCUCUUCCUGAUGCUCCUGUAGACUACUUUUUGCCUUCUUCUGAAGAAGGAGAAGGUGAUGUUGCACCAGACACAAGGUCCACCACCAUAGAUCGGUCUGACCCUGCUGGUGAUUUUGUCCCUGUGGACUUCACUUUCCCUUUUCCAGAUGAUCCAAAUUCAGUUAAACCUGGACCAGAUUCUGGAGCAGUGCCUGUUGUUGAUCGUGGGACCAUUCCAGAUGAUUUCCGUGGAUCUGUUGAUGUUCCUAGAUCCAGUUUAGUCAAUGCUGGACUGGAUUCUGUUUCAGCAGGGCUAGAUACAGGGGAAAGAGGAAAUGGUGGAAUGGAAUCAACUGGACCAGAUUCCCCUGUACCAGAUAGUGCAAGUCCUGAUCUAGAUUCUAGACGAGAUUCUUCUUCACCAGACAGUGCAAGUUCCGUUCUAUAUUCUAGACCAGAUUUUCCUGAAGCAGUAGAUAAUCCAGGAGUUGAUUCUUCAGCAGCUCAAAUGGAAGGAAAGUUCUCUAGAGAGGAUUCUGCUGCCGGUGGACAAGCAGGACGGUCGGGGUCGGAUGAAAAGAAAGACUCUAAACAAGAGAAGACGGGAGAGCAAAGAGAAGAGAAAGUCACUGAGGCCAAAGAGGAAACAAAAGAGAAAUCUAAGGAGGAAUCUAAAAAAAAGGAAGGAGAGGAGGAGAAAGAUGACAAAGUCUAUGAGAAAAAAGCGACCCAGAAGAUUCUGAUUCCAGGAGGACCAAAGUUCAGUCAGCUGUCCAAAAUCGCCUAUGUCACCUUCCAGGACUGUGAGUGUAACGGUCACUCCAAUCGCUGCAGCUACAUUGACUUCAUCAACGUGAUCACGUGUGUGAGCUGCAAACACAACACACGAGGACAAAACUGUCAGUACUGUCGGCUCGGUUACUAUAGAAACGCCUCACUGGCGCUGGAUGACGAGAACGUCUGUGUUGAGUGUGACUGUGAGCUGCAGCGCAGUCUGUCUCCUCACUGCUCAGACUCUGGGCUCUGUCAGUGUAAACCCGGAGCCUCGGGGCGGCGCUGUGACUCCUGUCUACCUGGGUACAACUGGAGAGGAGGUGAAGCCGGCUGCACAGUUAACCUGUGUGACGAGGAGCGUCUGAUUUGUCAGAACGGAGGAACCUGCGUCGACUUCCAGCGCUGUGUCUGUCCGGACAGCUUCACAGGUUCGUUCUGCGAGCAGAUUGUCUGUCUGAAGAAGGGUGGUUGCCUUGACGACGCAGAGGGCUCCUCCUCCUCUCUGACCUCACACCUUUACCUGCUGACCCUCAGUCUGAUGUCCUCCACCUUCUGCUGACCCCGCCCCCGGACCCAAAGAGACGUCUGACCACGCCUGCUGUUCACUGAGUCCUACAGGCUCUCACAUGUAGGACACAGGAAAUGACAUCACAAGGGGAACUGAAUAGAAAUAAGUUUCAGAAGCCGCACAUCAGGAAUCACUUCCGCUUUGUGAAUAAUUAUCUAUAAUAAAUGUACCUUAUGUCUGGGGGGAAUGCUCUGUUGUGACUGGCUAACAUAAUAACGUUGUUGCUUGGCUGAGGAGCAGUCGUGUGAUCACAGACUUUCUGUCAGGACACAACUGUAAAAAUGUGACCAUGACAAACUUUGAUCAGUAAAGACAAGUCAUCAGAGAAACGAACUGUCAAUCACCAGCCUCACGAGAACGUCAGAGAGCCAAGAGAUCUGCGUUCUUAUUGGUCGGCUGAUCCUGGUGGAGACUGGUGACAUCAUACAUCCUUGACAGACAGUUACCAUGGAGAUGGAGUUUUUUGUAGCCAGAGUGCAGUUUGACUGUGAAAAGGUCAAACGUCACCGAGUCAUGACCUCAUGAUGGAAAUAAAGAUGUGUCACACACACA